AUGAGAUCUUGGGUUCAGUUUUGUGCAUGUUCUCAGGUCCGCGAGCAAGCAUAUAGGCCCCCACUGUCUCCUCCCAAACAUCCGAGAAGAUGUGUUGCAGACACUGCUAUCUCCUCAACCUCAAUAAACGGCAAAGGCAUGUACCUUAGAGACGACGGCCGCACUAGAGAUGGCGAAUUCGUCACUCCUGAUGACCCUGCUGCUGCACCUCAAGCAGCAGCUGUGGCAGCUUCUGCUCCUGGUGGGGGUUACGAGGAGAGCUUGCCUAUUGCGCCUGUACAUCUUUGGCGUGACUUCGCUGGUGCCUCGGUCUCUGCGCCAGUCAGUGCGUCUGACACUCCUUUCCCCUGUACAUCCAGCGCCCCUGAGUCUUCUGCGCGCUGGCAGGACUUCUUGCCCAAGCAGAGCAGAGAGGGCGUGUCUCUGGCAUUGCGCCAGGCUCCAUCGUCAGGCGGCACCAAAGAUGAUGGCAAGAAGGACGAGGAGGCCGAGGAAGAGGGCAAUAGUAAGACCGCCAACACCAAGAAAGUCUCCUGGAGGAAGCGCUCGUCAAAUUGA